AUGAACAUCACAUACGUUCCAGAGAUACACAGAACUGACAAGCAACACACCGAAAACCUGCGACACUGGAGGAAGAUCCUCGGCAUUGCUCCAUUCGUCUCAAUUGUAUUCCCUGCCAUCAUGUGCCUCAUCUUCACCAAAGAUCGCUUUGAAAAGAGUCCUUUCCUCAAAUUCAUUAUACUACUCCUCCCCUUUUCAUACUCAGCGGUACAGUAUGCCUUACUCCGCACCAACUGGAAGUCAGAUAACAAACCAGAAGGCAUCCUGCAAAGCAUACUCUACCACACCCUCAGUCUCCUGCUUCUUGCAUUCGCCGCCAUCUCCAUCCUUUCAAUCACUGCAUUCACCCUCGAUAAAUGGGAAAGUAGUGAAUCAAUCUUCUUUUCUAUCGUCCUUCCCUCUUUCUUCAUCCCACCCACCUAUCUCCUCUCCACCUCCUGCCGCCUUGUUCCAGGACAGAUUGGAUUCACAGACACCGGUAUCAACGUCCUUAUCGACAUCCCGAUCCUACUAUGCCCUCUAGUAAGUUUAGUACUUAUCAUUGCCCUCGAAGAAACCGAGUGUUGUUAUUACUCUGCAAUCAUAUCUUCUGUAUUCAUCCUGAUACGAUUGCUCAGGGAGAAGUACAGCCCAUCCGAAAAGAGUACUCUGCCUACUGCACCAUGGAGAGUGGCCAUCCUUGUCCUCAUCCUUACCCUUGCUGCUCUUAUCUACGCAUUCAUGAUGUGGGGAUCUAUGGACAUCCUAAAUGAUCACUUUGGUCUACUUAAUAAGCUAAAGAGAGUCUUUCCUUUCACCAACGCCUGA